UUUAUACAGAUUGGUUUCCCGGUUGGGAAAAUUAUGGUGGAUAUAGUGAACAACCAAGCGAUGAUGGUUUGUCACAACAAAACUGUGUGGAGCUGAGAAAUUUAUUUAGGUAUCCGAGCAAAGGAGAAGGAACAACAGACCGUUUCUUCUGGAAUGACAGAGACUGUCAUGUCAAAAACCCCUUCGUAUGUCAAAAACUCAAACCUGGAGUCAGUUUGGAUCCAGUUUCAAUUCCAGCAUGUAAUAGAAGUAUAGCAUUGACGUGGGAGCAUCCACGAGAUGUGCUUACGUCUCCAGGUUUUCCUAACAACUACCCCAAUAACGUAGAGUGUCAUUAUUAUAUUUCCGCGCCACCAGGGCAAAGAAUUGCGGCGCUUUUCACAGAUUUUGUGCUUGAAGAAAGUGAAAGUUGCAAAUACGAUGUGGUGACGUUAAAAGAAGAGGAUGUGCGUUGGCGUCGCUGUGGUGACUGGGAGAGCAAAAUCAAACUUCUUCGCCAUACAUCACAAAGGAAUGCAUUACAGCUCAGCUUCACAUCCGACUUCUCUCAUUCUUACAAAGGAUUUCGGAUUGAAUUCUCGAUUCUCUCAGAACGAUCUGAGAAAAGUGUUUUAUGUGAUAAUGACAUGUUUCAACUAAGGAAUGGAAAUUGUUACCUCGUUGGAAAGCUGGAAACAAGUUGGUCCACUGCUCGCCAGAUUUGUACGGAAGCGAAGGCGAAGCUGGCGGUCGUGGAAAGCGCAGAACAAGAGGCUAUUCUUCAUGAUCUGAUCCGAUCUUCGUAUAGUUACAUGUCUGGUAUUAUAUACUGGGUAGGAGCAUACGCAUCAGCUGGAAAUUCCACUUGGAAGUGGCUUGACGGCACGCCGCUUAAUUCAAAAC